GUGUACUCUGACUGGUCGUUGAGCUUAUUUUCUCUGCUUCUUCCUUCUUUCUUUCUUUCUUUCUCUUUUAUAAGCAACCAGUACAUUUACGUCUCUUCCAUAUCUUUAGAGGCUUUAUUUUUUUUCUUCUUCUUUUUGGAAAACAGAACACGUACAUAAAUGGAAGACCCAUCAUCAAGACAAGAGAUUUCACGAGUAAUAAAAGUCUUAGAAGCAUUAAAACAAGCUUCUCAUGAUCUCCAAUCACACCCAAUUCCCAAAUCUUCUGAUUCUUUUAGAGCUCUUCUGGAGCUUCAAACUGAGUCUGAGACCAUCCUUUCUAAAGACCCAAAUCUUUCUACUCUCUCUCAACACCUUUCCCGCCUUAAAUCCCUUGUCGACACUCUCCAAAAAUCACGCGGCCGCACCUUACGGAAUUUCCUGGCUCGCCGCGUCUCCACCCACUCUAUUUCUCGAGUUGCCGGGUCCAUUGAGUCGGAGAUUCAAGCGUGGAUUGAUCGUGAAAGUAUUGAUAAUCUGACUGCACAAUUGAAAAAAGAGGGAGCUCGGGACGAGCCUGAGUUGAUUAGAUUGUUGACCCAGUUUGAGAAUCGUAUCUCACAAGGGUUUGAUCGUGAGCUGCAAGAUUUAAUUCUUAAAAGUAAGAUCUUUGUCUUACUUGAAAAGAUUAUUUGUGAUUCUAAUUGCCUGAAGAGUGUAAGAGAACAGUGUGCUUUUGUUGUCGCUGCUUUGAUUUCUUUUAACAAAGAUGUUUUUGUGGGUCAAGUUUUAAUGGGUUCUUUGAUUCAUGCUCUUGUUUCAAUGGUUUCUUGGAAAGCCAUGAAAGUGCUGUGCACCCUUAUUAACUUAAUCAAGUCACCAUUAGUGGACGAGAUUGAAUCAAAUGGUGAGAUACCCAAAAUUAUAUCUUUCUUGGAUUAUAAAGAUUUGGAGCUUCGGGUUUUGACAAUGGAUUGCGUUCUCGAAAUCGGGUACUUUGGCCGUAAAGAGGCAAUUGAAGCUAUGCUCAAAGAAGGGCUGAUCAAGAAACUGGUUGAGCUGCAAAGAUUAGAGCUUGGUGGUACUUUGAUUGACAUGGAUAAGUUUGAUGGUGUUGGAGGGAAAAGAGAGAGUACGGUGGAGAGCAAGGAUCAGAGGUUUUCAGAAAGCCAUCCAUUUGCAAGUUGUGUAGCAAGAUUCGCAGUGCAAUUAGAAGUUGGAGAAGGAUUGAGGCAAAGAGAGAAAAGGGGAUUUAAGCUAGAGAUAUUGGAGAAAGUAAGAGAAGCUUCUGUUUCUGAUGCUGAAACUGCUGCCAUUGUAGCUGAAGUUUUAUGGGGUUCUUCACCUUGAAAAUGUAAUUAAAAAAAAAAAAAAAACUAAUUCGAUACCAUCUUUGUAGUUAAAGAAAGAAAUUGUUAUCAUGUAUUAAUGGUGUUAAGCUAUCUGUAAAGAAAUUGUUGAAUAUAUUUGGAUUGCCUAUUCGAAGUUUACAAGAUAAAACAUUGGAAAUUAGCAUCA